AUGGAGAUUACGAAGCUUCUUAAAGUUGUGUUCUUCUUGGUCACUUACUUAACGUGUUCCAUUGCGAUGGCUAGAUAUCAUGGUUGUGAAGAUGUUGCAGAGAAGCCAAUGAGAACCAGCAUGGUCAAAGAAGCUUCAAGAGAUGAGUUUGAGAACUACGAGGAGAAGAAGAAGAAGAAGAAGGUGAACUUUUCUUCGCGUCGUAAGUUAGCUUCUGGUCCAAGUCGCAGAGGUUGCGGUCACUAA